UUUGUUCCUAUUCCUCGCUAUUCCUGUCGUAUUCCUGCCGGAAUAGCGAGGCGGAUAGCGAGAACUGGAGAGAUGGAGAGGGUUUUCUCAGUGGAGGAGAUCGCCGAUCCCUUCUGGGCCCCUUCGCCGGCGGCUACCGGAGGAGGACGAGGAGCUCCUCGAGGUGUCAUGAACCGAAGUUCGUCGGAAUGGUUCUUUGAGAAGUUCUUGGAAGAGGCGUCAGUCCCUGAGAAGCAGGCAUCGUCCCUGAUAGUACCGGCGUUGGGGGAUUCGAUGGUUGGCAAUCGUGGGGAUGCUAAUGCUCCGGCUCCUUCUGUGGUUUCUUCGAGCUCUAAUGGCGCGAAGAACGAUGAUGAGGUCGUUGAGAUCAAGAUUAUAGAUGGUGAUUUUGAUCGUGGUGAUGCCUCUGGGACGCAGCGGCCGGAGGAAAUGGAGGCUGGUAUGGAUCCGGGUGAGUAUGCGGCGUUUCUCAAGCAGAAGCUCGACAUGUAUUGCGCCGCCGUUGCCAUGUCGCGGGGUUCUGGUGUACAACCUCAAGAUUCUUCUUCUCUAGCUGAAAUCAACUCACAAGCUUCACAUACUUCCCAUUCACCUAAAGGUGGUGGAGCAGUUGGCACUUUGGGUUUACAUGUUGAACAAUACUCAAAAAUUCAAGGCAAGCCUGCAAACAGUAGUUCUUCAAGAGAACAAUCGGAUGAUGAUGAUGAAGUUGAAGGUGAAGCAGAAAUAACAAAAAAUAAAGACCCUUCUGAUUUGAAACGUGUAAGGAGAAUGCUUUCAAAUCGGGAAUCAGCACGGCGCUCCAGAAGAAGAAAGCAAGCACAUUUGAGUGAGCUUGAGGCACAGGUUUCACAGUUAAGAGUUGAAAACUCCUCAUUGUUGAAGCGCCUCACUGACAUAAAUCAGAAAUACAAUGAAGCUGCAGUUGACAACCGAAUUCUAAAAGCUGAUGUGGAAACUUUGAGAGCUAAGGUGAAAAUGGCCGAGGACAGUGUGAAGAGAGUAACAGGUGUAAAUCCCAUGUAUCCAACCAUGUCGGACAUGUCAUCAAUUACUGUGCCCUUUUCUGGAAGCCCUUCGGACGCAACCUCAGAUGCUGCAGUUCCUGUCCAAGAAGAUCAGAGUCACUUUUUUCAGGCUUCCCAGCAUGAUCAAGGUUUCGGUGCCCACCUUCCUGAUGCUACUACUGCUACUUCGGUAACUGAGAGUGCCCAUGGUGUUGUUGCUCCGGAAAAUACCAGAAGGACUGCAUCGAUGCAGCGGGUGGCCAGCUUGGAGCAUCUCCAGAAACGGAUGCAUGGUGGUUCAAACAUUUGUGGAUCGACCCAAUGGGAUACUUCUGCCAACAAUAAGUAAAACCAGUUAUAAUAAACCCGAUAACUGUGCAUCUUGUCGCCUUUGGAAUCAAAAUUUAUCUGAUUUGGGGCACAAUGCCCUGUCUUAUUUGUUCUGAUGCUAGAUAUCAUCAGCUAUUCAGUUGGAUCAUUGUUCAUCCUUAUAUUAAAAAUGGUUAAUUUAUAAAACUUGUGUACCAGCAUUCAGGCAGUGAAAUGUAUGAAUGCAUGUAUGAAAUUGUGUAUGAAAACAAUGAUAUUGAACCUAGUUUUGUAAUUUGUUGUAAGUCAUUAUUUUUAAAAACUUAGGAAUGGAGAUUGCAGCAAGGUUAAUUAUUA